GUCACAUGCUGCACGAAUUGUUGAAGUCUGUUCGAAAUCCAGCGUGAACCAUUUAGGUGUGUAGUAGUACUAGAUACAACAGUUCAAAAUCAUCGCAAAGACAUUGGAUGUUGGAAUGUAGCCGUAGAUAUGAGUGGCGGAAAUUCGAUAUGAGUUUCGCCGAAAUAUGUAAUAACACUCAACUCCCAAAAGCAUUAUUUUGGGAUGUUAAUCAAGUUGCUUCUUGGAUUGAAGAUAUUGGAUAUUCUCAGUACAAGGAAUGCUUUACUGAAAAUCAGAUUGAUGGUCGCAGUCUGAUUAAUAUCCACUCUUCAACACUUCCUUAUUUAGGUGUGACCGAUUUUGAAGAUAUUAAGAAUAUAACAUGUAAAGUGCGGGAAGUUUUGAAUCUGGAAGAAAAUGAGUCGUCGCGCAGAUUGCAUAUGCCUCCAAGGAACAUAGUUGGGAUGUUUCUGGAGGCGAAAAGCUAUACUGGUAGCAGAUUAUCCAGACUCACAUUUCCCAGAUUCGUUUACAAUACUCGGAGUGCGAUUUGGCAGCCUUCACUAACAAAUAUGGGGAUAAUUUUUAGACAUAAACAUUGAGUUUACCUGAAACUUCUGUAGACGUUAAGGAAAUCUACUUUUGGAUGAGUAAUUACCAAGAUUACUUUUGUAACGAUUCUUUUCACAGAAUAUUUAUUUUAGCUUUCGAGUAAAUAAUAAACAUUUGUUCCUGAUGGGUUUAGCGAUUUGGUGGUCGUAGUAAAGUGAAAAUUCUUCUUUAUUUAUUUCAGUUUCAGUUUGGAAAGGAC